GUUAAACAUUGUAAAAUCUUUUGCUGAUUAGCUAAAUUUCAAUUGUUUAAUUUGACAAAAUGAUACAUUGAUGCAAAUUUAUUAAUCAUUAUCUAUUUGUAAUUGGCAUUUUCACCAGGCUAAUAUUUAGAGAGAUAUAAAAAGUAAACAUAAUUCUCUGCUGACUGCUGGUCCCGUCCGAGAGAGAUAUUUUUACUUCCACUUGAAUCUAAUAACUGUAAACACUUGUUAUAAAUCAACAAUUUGAUUUAAUGUAUUGUAAGUUAAUUGGUUGUAAUAUCGAUUCCUGUAUUAAUUGUUAUUUAAAGUAACCUAUUUAAUUGUGUGAAACAGUUUAAAUUAUCCUUUCAAUUUGUGACAAUCAUUUCUAAACCUUUAUAAAUGUAAUUUUCAUCUCUACUGCGGAUUAUUUGUCUUUUGUGAUUAAUCAGGCAAACCAUAAAUUCUUAUUUCUUUGAAUCAUCAAUUGGUGCUUUUUCCUUCAAGAUUACCGGUUAAUUUGGGUUCUCUGGUUGUUUAAAGAUGACUAAAAACAAGUCACUUUGGAAUAAAAUAUUUGCUAUAAAGGAAUCUUUAGAAAGUCAAAUAAAAAAUGAAAAUUCACCCAACAGUGUUCAAUUGCUUGCUGAAUGGUAUACAUUUUCAACAUGGAUUUACACGAUCUACCGUAAAUCCUUUGCCACUCGUGAUGACCGUAAAGCAUUUGAAGCAAAAUUCGCUGAUUGCUCAACAAACGCAGAGCGAGUUAAUUGUCUAAUGGCCUGUCAACCUAUCCAGGCAAAGUUCUUGAAAUAUGCUAAUAAGUUGUGGUCUCAAACAGAUGUCCCGGCAAAGGAACCUUUACACGCAGUUCGUAAAUAUUAUAAAAAUAAAGUGAAAGAUCAAAAGGAUGGAUGGAAAAACACAUUUUACGAUAUGCCGGACCCAUUUGAGGAUAUGGAACGUUUAAUGGACGAAUCGGACAAUUUGGUUGAGGUUCACGUAAAAAGUGUUCCAAUGUUUGAGGGUUAUGUUGAAAAUCCAUCACUCAAAGGUGUUUCCAGUUCAGUUAGUUUGGGUAAUCACGAGAUUAAGAGACGACAAUUGCUGGCCAAUUCCGAUAUACCAAUUGGUAAAGUGAUUGCCCGUGAAGGUGCUCUUUGUGGCUGGCUCUCUCCAAUUAUGUACUCUAUGUAUUGCUACCGAUGUCUUUUAAUGUUAGACAAUCAACGCAUUACUUGUCAAGGAUGUAAAACAGUCAAUUAUUGUUCCCUGGAAUGCUACAAAUUGGCUAAGAAGGAGUUCCAUGGUAAAGAAUGUGAUUAUAUGGAAAUGCUGAAACACAUUUCAAUUUGCCAUUUCACCAUUCGAUUGCUACUUGUGUUGGAGCCACAUAGAGUAGCUGCUGUUUCAGCGGAUCGAUUCAAAGAUGAUUUUCCCCUAAAUUUCAAUCUUAAUGAAAAUGGCGACUCUUUUGGCAAUUUCCUUAAUUUAGAGUCAGGAACUUCGGGUGUUUCUCAAGCAGACCUGUUAACUUUCUCGUGCACUUCAUUGUUUACCAGCCACUUGCUUCGAGAAAUGUCUUUCUUUGAUAGAAAUCUCCCUGAAAAACCGCUUGUCUGCUCAUUAAUUUCAAUGAUGAUCCUCAUUUCGCGUAAUAUUUUCACUCUUUAUGAUCACAAAUUUCGGUUAUUACAAGUACCAGAUAGUCCUGAUGCUUUGGUCGAGGGAAAGACCAAAGAGAUUGGUUACGGACUGUUUUAUAAGACUUCUCUAUUCAACCAUUCUUGCCGACCUAAUGCUCAUGCCGUCUUUUUUGGCUCAUCCAUUUUAGUUGUAGCCACAAAACCGAUUCCUGCUAAAACGGAGAUCACAAUCUCUUAUGGUGCCUCUUAUCCAGAUAUGAAACUGAAAGAUCGCCAAGAGAAGCUUAGAAACAGCUUCUAUUUCAAUUGUUUGUGUGAGCAAUGUGAAGCAGAAUUGAAUGAACAAUCAAAGGCUGUCGUUUGUGAUGAAUGUGCUUUGACUUCAGCUGGUGAUUCAACAAGCAAUAUCGAGGAAUGUAUUAAAUGUCAAGAUCUGAAAAAAAUAAAAAAGGUGAAUGACAAAAUACGAUCAAAUGGAUUAUCGUUUUAUAACAAGGGACGCAAACUAUUAGCUGCAGAGGAUUACUUGAAGGCAGCUCAAUAUUUAUCCAAAGCAGUUAAAUACUUGACUGAAUCUAAUGAUCCAUGGCAUACUUACAAUGCUCGCGAUGAUCUGGUUGUUUGUUACCGAUCAUUGGAGUACAAUGACCAAGCUUUCGCCAAUGCCGUUGAAAAUUUGAAACUCCGAGCCCGAUUGUAUGACAGUGAUUCCGUUCCAUAUCUCAACUCAUUGUUGGUUACUUUACAGUUGGCCCAUGAUUGUCAAAAGGUUGAUGUCAAAGAGAUUGAAAAAAUUAUCAAACAAUUUUAUCGAUUGUUCAAAAAUAUUUGUGCGAGACAAACGCGAAUCUUUGACUACUCAAACCAACAUUUUCUUGAAUUUUUGACGCAUAAAAGUGAAUAUAUUGAAUCGAUGAAUGAACUGAUUAAUAAUCAAAGGAGUGAACUGGCUUCGCAAUAAGUAAUCAAAUAAUUAAAUAACUUUAUUUCUUGGUAUUUUUCA